GUACGAUUGGUUGCAGAAGAUUCUUUGGAUAAAGUUAUUUCUGAUCAAGUGGUUGAGGCAUCAUUACUGAAGCUAUUUCGUGCUUUCUUCUUGAAUGAUUUGAGCAAUCAAGCUGAAUUUCUUAAUCUGCUGCCAGAAAAUAUCCAAUCAAAAUAUAAUGAAACAUUAACUAAUUUUCAAUCAUCUAAACAAACUGAGAAAAAAUCAAAAGGAAGCAAAAUGGAUUUGAACCCUAAUGAGACAUUAUUUAAAACAUUUGGAUUCAUUAUCAAUCGAGCAACUAGUACCCUUUCCUUUGCAGGAAGAGGGGUGUUUGUUACCACAGGAAGAGUGCCAAAAGGAUCAGUUGUUUGCAUGUAUCCUGGUACUAUCUAUCAACAAUAUGAACCCAUCUUUUUCCAGUCAAUGUGCAACCCAUUUAUUUUUCGAUGUAUUGAUGGCAUGUUGAUUGAUGGGAAUGAUAAAGGAAUUUCUAAAGUUAUUUACAAAUCAUGCUGUGGGCGGGACAGGCUUGGCCCUUAUAAAACCAGUGAUGUCACUUGGCUUACAGAAAUCCCAGUCAAUCCAUUAGCUGUGGGCCAAUAUGUCAACAACUGUUCUAAUGAGAAAGCAGCCAAUGUAUGCUAUCAGGAGUUUGAUGUUCCUACAACAUUUCCUAUAGAGCUCCGUCAGUACAUUCCUAAUGUUAACUAUGGUCAUAAUGUGGAAAGGCCUUUGCGAUGUGUGGUUCUUGUGGCACUCAGAGACAUAGAAAAGGGAGAAGAGUUAUUCUCUAAUUACUACACGAUAAUACAUUGAAAAAAUAGGACAUGAAUAACAUCAGGAGCUUCAUUCUGUGCAAUGUGGAGUUUCACAUUUUAAAUAUUGAGUCAAUGGAGAAUUUGAUUUUCUUUUGAUGAUGUGUUAUAAGUGAGCGCUACCAAUCACUGCCACCAUCCUCCUUUCCCUACUAGAGUGCAAGGUCCAAUUUGUCUAAAGUUGUAGAGGACAGCCAUAAAUGAGAGUCUAUGUCUGAAACAAGAUGUAGUCAUUGCACAGUAGCAAUCUGGUACAAAGACCUCACUAAAGCUCAGGAUAACAACUGUCCCUAUUGAGAUCCUAUGAUGUUCUGUUUUUCUGCACCAUAGACUUAAGAAAUCAUCAGAUUGUGUGGAAAUUAAUGCAGACAUCAGCAUUAUCCGUUCAAACCUGUUGUUGCACAAGUUGGAUUUUUUGUUUGAAAAUCUUGCCUAGUCGCAGAGCUGUGGCUACAAAUGGAGUAUAGACAGUUGAACAGACAAGUGUGCAGUCAGGUUCUAUAUAUCUAGUUGUAUCAAUCUGAAUUGAUUCUUUGGAAUAAUGUAAAAGUUAAUUAACUGAAUAUGCUUCUUUCUUGGGCUGUUGCAGAUAUUCAUUGAAGCAGAAAGGGCCUGGUGAAUUGGGAUAAAUUGGACUGGCUGAGCUUCGGUAAACUUGAUUUUCAUCAUAAUUGUAGUCUAUUGGUGCUACUUCUGAAAAAAAAUUCAAAUGGACCUCUUUGCUGACUUCAUAAUUUAUUUAUGUAUCAUGUGCACUGCUGCUUGAGUUAAGCAGCCAUCCAGAUGUCAAACCUAAAACAGAUUAAAUUGUAAUGAGCUGGAAAUUCUUUAAAUUGGGCUAUUACUUUUUCAAAAUUUAUUCAUGGGAUGUGGGUAUCACUGGCUAAGCCAGCAUCUAUUGCCCAUCUCCACUUGAGUUAAGAGUCAUCCACAUUACUUGUGACUCCAGAGCCAUCUGUAAACCAGACCAGGUAAGGAUGGCAGCUUCAUUUGCUAAACAAUUGACAAUGGUUUCUGGUCGUUGCUACACUCCUACUCCAGAUUUUUAUUGAAUUCAAAUUCCACUAUUCCAUUAUGGUGAGAUUUGAACCCAGAACUCCAGAAUAUUACCCGAGUCACUAGAUUAAUAUAAUUGCUAGAUAUUGGAAAUUGCUGGAGAAACUCAGCAGGUCUGGCAGCAUCUGUGGAAGGGGAAAAAAAGCAAACUUAACAUUUUGAGUCUGGUAACUCUUCAUCAGGAAAAACUGGGAUUUAUGCUGAGGUGCAUUUAUGCUGAGGUGCUGGGGAGGUAAGCCGGAGAAAAGAGAGCAAGAUGACAGGGAUAGGAAACAAAAAGAGAUAAUGGAUAGCAGAUCAAAACAUUAGAUGAAUAGGAGAUUAUAAAAAUAAAUUAUGAGAAAAUGGAUUAGCUGUGCUGAAUGCAAGCCAUAUAAAUGUGAUAAUGGGCCAAAGAGUACAUGGGAAUGGGUGGCUGUGUUUAAAGCAAUUCAUAUCAUAACAGGACCAGGUGUGAGGUGGGUAGUAAAAACAUGGAAUCAGGCUCAAAAGUUAUUGAACUGGACAUGGAGUCCUAGAGGCUACAGGGUUCUCAAUUGGAAAAUGAAAUGUUCUUUGAACUUGUGCUAAGCCUCACUGAAGGACUGCAGCAGGUGGAAACAGAUGUUGGCCAGGGAACAUGGUGGUGUAUUGACAUAGCAAGCAACUGGAAGCUCACAGUUAGUUUUGCAGACUGGCCAUAGGUGUUCUGCAAAGCUGUCACCCAGCCUACAUUUCAUCUCCCCAAUGUAGAGGAGGCCACAUUGUCUGGGACCUUGGAUUGAGGAUGGAGGUGGUAAAAUGGUAGCUCUUACACCUGUGAUUUCAUAGGAAGGUGCUGUGGGAGCAUGAGGAAAUGUUAGGGAUGAACGAGGAGUGUAAUAGAGUGGCCACUUUUUCUUGGAAAGAAAACCACCGCCUCUGCCCAGCCAAGCUUGUCCUCACUUGGAACAACUUCUCCUUUAACUCCUCCCUCCUCACCCUCCAAGCAGUGAUUCACCUGUACCUCACUCAAUCUGUAUUCAUUGUUCACAACGUGGUUUCCUCUGGGUGACAAAAUGCAAGCUAGGUGAUUGCCUUGUGAAAAUGACCCCAAGCUUCCAGUUGCCUGCCAUUCAACACACUGCCAUGUUUCCCACACCAACAUUUCUGUCUCAGGCCUGCUGCAGUGUUCCAGGGAGCCGAGAAAGUGAAUAUUUCAAAGGUAAUUCUCAGUUAUGUGUAAAAAAAUUGGUUAAAGAGUAGAAAAUAAUUGACAUUUAUUGGGUGAUUUGAAUUAGAUUGGGGCUAGGCUGAGAACUUAAGAACACAAAACAAAGGACUUGGAGGAGACCAGUCAGCCCCUCAAACGGGCCUUCAGCAAGAUCAUGGCUGAUCUGCCCCAGGCCUCAAAUUCUCGUGCCAGAUCAACAUAGCAGUCAACUCCCCAACAUUUCAACAAUCGAGCUACCAGCUUUAAAUACUGUGACCUAGACUCCACAACUGAGGUAGAGAAUUAGACAAUCACUAGCCUGACAGAAGAUAUUCUUUCAUAUUUCCAGCUUUAAAUGAGCAUCCCCUUAUUCCCAUACAUGUUCCUUAGUUCAAGAUACCUCCACUAGCAGAAACAUCUUUUCAUCUACUUUGGCAAGCCCCCUCAGAAUCUUGUAUGUUUCAAUUAAGAUCACUCCUCAUUCUUCUAAACUCCCAUGAAUAAAGGCCUGAUCCGUUUAGCUAUUCUUGACAAGUCAUCUUUUUUAUCCCAGGAAUCAAACUAGUGAAUCAUUUUUGAACAGUCUCCAACAUUAGUAUAUAGUUUUUCUAAGUAUGAGGAUCAAAAUUGUACUGAAUCCCAAGUGCAGUCUCACCAACAUCUAUACCAACAUCAGUUGUAAUAAGACAUUCAUCUUUUUAGCCUCUAGCAAUAAAGGCCGUGUCCAUUCACCUUAAUUACUUGCUGCACUUGCAUACUACAUUUUUGUGUUGCAUACUUAAGAAAAAUCAGAUCCCUUCACACCACUUUUCUGGAAUCUCUCUGCAGUUAACAGUCUACCUGUUGAUCCUUCUUACAUUAGUUUCCAUCUGCCAAGUUUUUGCCCACUCACACUCAAUCUAUUCAUUUUGCUUGCUGAUUCCUUAUGUUCUCAUUGCAACGUGCCCUCACUUAUUUUUGUAUUAGCAGCAAAUUUUGAUAUGUCAGACUGUGCUCCCUCCUUCAAGUCAUUCAUAUAGAUGGCAAAUAAUUGAGGCCCUAGGGCUGACUGAGUCUGCUCUCCACUAGUUGGGUCUUCCCAAACUGAAAAAGAUCCAAUAAUUCCAAUUCAUUACGCUAACAAAUCUUCAAUCCAUGCUAAUUACCCCCAAUUCAGUACAACACAGGGUUUCUCAUUAACUGUUUGGAUCACUAUAGUCUUUGCACAUGGGGCAAAUUUACAAGGCAGUGGAAGGCUGCAGCAAGUCUAGAAACUAAAGAAACAAGCGAGAUAAAAUAUCCCAAGUGGUAGAAUAAUAAUAAUUACUUGUUUAAUGUCAUCUGCUAAGAUAAUGAACAGAAAAAGUAAAAGGAGCAACACAUGAAUGGAAUAAUUAUGGAGUGAAGAGCUAACACUUUAGAGGAGUCGUACAAGGCUCAAAACAUGAACUUUUUUCUCUCUUCACAGAUGCUGCCAGACUUGCUGAGUUUCUCCAGCAUGGUUUCAGAUUUCCACCAUCUACACUAUUUUGCCUUUAACUGCAAUAAAUCUGACAAUGCAUCCAACCAAUGCAGAAUAACAGUCAAAGCCAAGUGCAUAUUGUGCUCAAACAGCAGAAUACAUGUUGAAGGAAGUGAAGAUCAAACGGUGUAAUGCUCUAUUAGCCUACAUCUGAAGGGCUGUUCCUAGUUCUGUUCACUGCAACAUUAGGGAGAUAUUCAAACAUUGAAGGCAGUGUAAAGAAGAAUACUGUUCAUACUUUAAAAGGUCUGAGUUAUAAGCAAAGAUUGAAGAAACUUGACCACCUUAGUGUUGAAAGGUGGUGAUCUUUGGUGGUGUGUGUAAUUGCAAACUAUGAAAAAUUAUGUUUAAAACAAGAGGCAAAAGAUCAAACCAGCAAAAGGCAAGUUUAGACUUAAUCUUUACUUCGGACUCUAUUCCGUGUGUUGAUUGCAUUUAGUUUAUUGCAGGCAAAGAGCUCAUCAUUUAACAAUCAAGUAGAUACUGCCAAAGGGUGGAAUUAUUCUGCUACCAAACACAAAUUAAAAAAGGUGCCGAAACUACAGCCUGCAAAGGCAUCAAAACUCACCUUUCCUGAAUCAGUAUAUUUUGCAAUUCCUAUUUUUGGUUAUGUGCCACUGUUUCCCACUUGAAAUUACAUUUAUUUCAAACAACUCCUACAUGAUAGAAGUUGAAGCUGAAGUAAACUUGUGGUGUCAGCCAAUGUUAAACCUACUGUCUGCAGAUCUAGGUACCUAAUUUGGGUAAGUUUACAUGUUUCAGAGCUUAUUUUGAAAAACUGUAAGGUGUAAGGAUGCUAGUGGGUAAAGUGUUUGUUGUUAAAUGAGUAGGUUGCAAGAUUCUUGAAUGGGUUUGUGGGGUUGUUGGGUCAGAUCAGGGAGGGAGGCAGUGCAUCAAUCUGAAUGAUUGGGGUAUCAGUUAUAUGGUUAACUGAGAGUUACACAUAUUUUUCCUAAUAUCCAGAUGUCAGAAUCAGGGAGAUCAGAAGGUUUUGACUGAACUUAAUUGGGAGAUUUCUCUUGGAGGGUUUUGGGAACAGGGGAAUUACUGAUCACUACUUCAGACUUUCCAGGCAAUUCCCAUAGAGUUGAUAUAUUUGGGACUUCCAAGGUAUCCCACAUUGCAUCUUUCAGGGCAUGUCCUGUCUCCAACUAUCCACACACUGAAAGAUCUGGAUCAAUAUUUCUGAAAGGUAUAGCAUAAUGGGUGGGUUCUCCUUUAAACUGUUUAAAUGCCCACAGAAGAUCAAAUUUAAGCAGGGCAUCAAUUUCAGCUACCAGAGAGUCACAAGAACAAAAGCUGCUUGGGCACAAAAAGUCUUUCCCCUGCAAAAAUAUUGAAAACUGCAUAUAUUGCCUUGGCUGCUAUUAGCCAUUCAAUAAAUGUAUCAAUUAACGCAUUAAAUCAGUUUAGAGACAGGUUGAGUAGUUUAUAGAUACAGCUUUUAAAAAUAUCACAACUUUACAGCCAAGCCUUCAAAUAUAUUAGGAAAUAUGGUCCUGGUUGCAAAGGUGAUGAGACCAUGUUACCAAAAGAUUGUGAAAUACCACUCAGAAUUUCAUUGUAACUCUCUAUCUUUGAGCAGCCAUGAACUGCAAUACUUAAUGCAGGUAUUUCUCCUAUAACACGAUAGUCACGCUCUUGUAUGACCUCACGCUAUAGAAAAUCAUGUUAUAGGGAAAUAGUUAUACCUGAACAGUAGAAAGUUCACGUCAUCCAAACAGUGUCCACUAUUCAUCAAUCUCAUUACAGCCAAUUUUGCGCUGAUGAAAUGUGUUAUAGCAGAAGUACCUGUAGUUCAUAUUCUCUGACGAUCAAGCAGAUUUUUCUACUAUACUUUUGAUCAACAUCAUCAACAAAUCGUACUGGUGAUCUAUGUCCCACAUUGUUUGUGUGCCAUAAAUUUUGCUUGGGUUUCUUAAAUGUAAUUUAGUACAUUACAUCAUAUUCCUUUGGGUAAGUUUUAAAACAUUAACUGUAUUCCUCAUUAUCAACUUUGAAGUUACACUUGAUUAAAAUAAAGAUGAGACUUCCAGACCUUUUAUUUCUGGAAUGGUGUACACCACAUAUCAAGAUACAACACAAGUACAAAAUAAUGCUGAACAAAAACCUUCAAUGUUUAUAUACAAAUAUUAAAACCAAAUGCAACAUUAGAAUUUUCCCCUUGAAUACCUUCAAAACUAAACGCUGUCUUGAUUGUCACUAAUUAGCCCAUUUUUUUCACCGGCAGUUCUGCUAACUCUGAAACAAUACAGAAGAGGAGCAGUAGCACCAUUUCUUCAGAACAGUAUUGCUGGUGUUUACCAAAACAUUUUAAUCAACAUAUCUGUAUUGAUUACCAAUACCACGUUGUUUACAAUUUUUCACAUUGUACAAACUCCCUCUUCUGUUAAUACAUCAACUUUUCAGAUGUCUGUUACAAUUGCAAUAGUUAGAAUGUCAAUUAAUCACUAUUUUUCUUUCAAUGAGUAAUUUUAAUUCAGACUACAGACUUUGGUUAAAAAUAAAUAUUAGGAACCUCAAAA